UAUAAAACUGUUCCGCCUUGUUUUCGAUUCUGAAAGCGCCCAAGACAUCGCUUCAUGUCACCACCGACGUACACGUCUCUCCAUUCAACACGAGACAGUUCUCCAGGUCGGAUCGUGGAACAACUGGCAGUGGACAGUCCCAGAAACAGAGGAGCUUAAGAUGAAGACUACUGCUAUCCUUUUCUCUGUACUCAUCUGUCAUUUUGUACAUGACGACGACGACGAUGACGAAAGUGAUACAAAUGUGGAAGAGGAAGACACAGGAGCAGAGCAAGAAAUAGAAGCACAUCUGGAAGAAUCAGAAACAGAAGGAACUUCGUCAUCGAGCUCAGAGUUGCCGGAGAUAGAAGGCUUAGAAGGAGUACUAUGGAGAUUGAAAAACAAUGUCCCGAAUCAUCAAAGUCAGAUACCGCAUUUUACCAGCGUAGAGGUAUACCAGUUCCCGGAUCUGAAGUCGAUAUCGGAACCUCAGACACCCGAACCUGAGUCUGAGGUUCUUACAAUAGAGAAGCUAGAGGAGCCAGGGUCGUCGAAAACGGGGUCGAAGUUGAAAAGAAAAAGACCGAUUACCCCAGCACUGAAAUUGACCGUGCCGGAAGGCGAGAGGGGUAAAAAAAGAAUCAAGAAGAAACCGGUAGAAGAAUCUAAACCGGGCAGACUAUCAGUUCCUGGUGGCCACGCGACUCCUUCCACAUCUAGGCAGCCCGACCCAGACCCAGACCCCUACCCCAUCCCCAUCCUACCGACUGCCACCCAUUGCCCAGUAAACAACAUCCCAAAUAUGAUUUGCCUUUGGUUUGGAACUAGAGAUGAGUUAGCGGCACACAUGGAGGGUGUACACUCUGAUAUUAUGGUAGAAGAAUCUAAACCGGGCAGACUAUCAGUUCCUGGUGGCCACGCGACUCCUUCCACAUCUAGGCAGCCCGACCCAGACCCAGACCCCUACCCCAUCCCCAUCCUACCGACUGCCAUCCAUUGCCCAGUAGACAAGAUCCCAAAUAUGUAUUGCCUUUGGUUUGGAACUAAAGAUGAGUUAGCGGAACACUUGAGGGGUGCACACUCGCAUCUUAUGGUAAGUCGUAGCUUCGGAUGCCGGGCUACUAGUACGACUAUGGCACUAAUACUCUACAAGGAUGAAGUGUUCCUCUAUUACAAGUUGAUUACAGAAGAUAGGAAUUGGCACAUUUUUUUACAGAAAGCUGGCAUCACGCAGCAGCAUUUUAAUUACAGUAUCACGCUUAGCACAGGUUUGCCAGUAAACGAUAGCAUCAGCACGUUUUCCGUGACUGAUAUUUCAGAUAAGUUCGAAUGUAUUUACAGAAAUGCUUUUAGUAGCACGCAUUUUGCUAUAGAACCUUACAUAUCAGGCAACGAAGUGAACAUGACGGUAAAAAUAGAAGCUCGCUCUUGGUAUUAAAACCUUGUGCCCCUCUAUCAGAACAUCGGACUAUCUACUGUAUGGCAAGCGGAAGUAGAACCUUAAGUAUUACAAAAAUUCAUUUUACUUCUAAGGCCUUUUUUAUUUUACGUAAAAAAUUACUGAUGUAACAGGCCCGAAUAUAAGAACUGUAUUGACGUCCAGAAAUAUUAACCAAUGACUCAAAUUGUUUUUUUGACAAUGCAAAUUAGUAUUUUUAAAUCAUCGUAAAGUGUGUUUUAACUGAGAAAUGACAAUUAAUUUUAAGUAAAUUAAGAAUCUGAAUUUGAUACGUAAACUUAUUUUACGUGUCUGUAGACUACUUCAGAAACAGCACUUCCAUAUAAAAUGUGUACAAUACUGACAACAGGUAAAGAAUCUUAAGUGCCAAAAAUUGAGUUUGAUUAUUUUGUGCAUUAGUGUGAACGCAGACCUGAAUGUUAAGCUCAGUGUCUUGAGUGAAGUUAAUCACACGAACCAGGACGAAAGCCUUAAAAAUGUUGUUAUAUUCUUAUUAGUAGUUUUUUUAAGAUGUCAUUAAAUGUGUUUUUAUUGAGAUAUGACAUUUAGUAUUAAGUAAUAAGAAACCCAGGAUAUGUUAAACGUAAUUCAAUGAAAAAUGUCACAUCUGUUAGUAAGACCUUAAAAUUUCCAUAUUCUGCAAAACUGCAAAAUGUGUUUCAACUGAAGAACUCGCAAUGUUAAUUCAAAUAAAGCGACGGUUUUGAUUA